UUCCCACAAAAUUACCCCAAAUGUUAAUCUCCGCGAGUCUCGCCCUCAAAAUCCACCCCUACGGCCCCCAGGGCGUGGACCCCCACCCCCUCCCCCAAAUCCCCUCCACCUCCAAAAUCAUCCAAGUGUCCACGUGCAACGACAACAGCUACAUCGUAAUUUUACGCGAAAAUGAAAAACCCCAAAUUUUCUCAGCGAGAGACAAGACAAACAUCCGUUUAGUCCACACAAUCAACGUUUCGAACGUUACGACAGUCACCUUCAAGCACACCACAAAGAAGGCCAUAGCUUUGGGCACCCAAACCGGCAAUGUGCUCAUUUACGACACGAAAAGUCGCAAAGUCGUAAAUUCGUACACGAUCAAUGAAGCGAUCAAGUUUUUGGACUUCACGGCCAAUGAUCAACAAUUGUGUGGCGUGGACGCGAGUACUUUACACGUGUUCUCGGAUUUGGACUCGAAGACGUACAAACAAGUGGCCACGUGUACUAAUAUGCGAAGCCAUCCGUUGGUGCCAAAUCGGGUGGCUGUGGCGUUAAGUAAUCACAGAGUGGGACUUUGGGACGUCCAAAUCGGGAUUGAACUCGCCAAUUUGGGACUCGGGAAUUCCCCCAUCACGGGAAUUGCUAUGUCAUCCUGUGGGAACUACCUCGUCAUGUGCGGGGAUUGUAUCAAAGUCACUGGGAUUGACUUCAAUGGAGGGAAGCACACGUGUCAAUUCCACGUGGAGUUGAACACACGUGUCACGUGUAUGGACUUGAGUCCUGAUGAUAGGUACGUCGCUGUGGGACUGACCAAUGGGAAUGUGCGACUCUACGAUGUGAAACAAAAUAUGCUUGUGGUUUCAGCGGCCAAACUACAUGACGAGUCCAUUAGUACGCUUGUGUUUGAACACGAGAUAUUUGAGUCCAAUUCGCAUUUCUCCUCAAUGGUGAAGCUUUCUGAGCAGGAUGUGAAGAAGAGUGUGGAGGUGGUGAAAAGUGUCAGGAGUACAAAUGUGACCAAUGAGGAUUUGGACAAGUUCAAAAAGAGGAUUCUUAGAGUUAUUAAGAAUGAGAUGGACGCGUUGGAAAAUCAGCUCAAUGAGCAUUGUGUCAAGUUUCAGAAAUUUCUAGAUAAUGAGUUUGAGACUAUUGAUGAAAUUAUGAAGAGGAAAUGGGAUAUUUUCACAAAUGGUGAUAUGAAUCAGAUUAUGAAGGCCAUUUGUCCUGAUGAGGCGAGGGGUUCCAUGGAGUGAUUUUGUUGAUGAAAUAAAUUUUUGGCGAUUU